AACAGUCACGUGUGGGGAGUCAGUUGAGCUCGUUUUUUCGUUCCUGCGGUGAGAGACCCUUGUUUGUUCAUUUUGUUUUGGUUUCUACUUCAUUCUUUCCCCCGAAUCCCCUUCUUAAUCAGAUCAAAUAUUUUAAUUUAAGCAUGAGUGACAACGAUGACAUCGAAGUCGACAGUGAUGAAGAACAACCAGGAUUUCAUUCCGUGGCAGACAAAAGAGCACACCAUAACGCACUGGAGCGCAAGCGUAGGGACCACAUCAAAGACAGCUUUCACAGUUUAAGGGAUUCAGUCCCUGCAUUGCAGGGGGAAAAGGACAGCGAAGUCGGCACAGCCCCACUGAUCGAGUCAAAUAGACAGCAAUCUAUCAAACAGGCAUCCCGUGCUCAAAUCCUAGACAAAGCCACAGAGUACAUCCAGUAUAUGAGAAGGAAAAACCACACGCACCAGCAGGACAUAGACGACCUCAAGAGACAAAACGCCCUGCUGGAGCAACAAGUGCGUGCACUGGAAAAGGCGAAGGGAAACACCCAACUACAGGCUAACUACUCGUCAUCUGACAGCAGCUUGUACACCAACCCCAAGGGCAGCGCGGUCUCUGCCUUCGAUGGAGGGUCUGAUUCGAGCUCAGAGUCAGAGCCAGAGGAACCCCAAACCAGAAAGAAACCAAGAGUGGAGGCCAAUCAGAACCACGCAGCACGGCAAUAAACUGCUGUGCUUUUACUAGAAACUCCAUGUAUGACUUCUGUUUCAGUUUGUAUUUUACACCCUUCAUGCUGUUUGUCAAGAGAAAGGAAGUCUUUUGCUGGCCCAGCUUUUUCGUUUGUCAGCACCACCUACAAAAAAAAAAAUACAUACAAUGUGGCAGCUUUAUUAUUGAAAGACUUGAUGAUGCACUUUGAUUCUUGCAGUAGUUUUAGUAGCUGUCACAUUCAGUGGAGAGCAGCUUAACUAUGGAAAGUGUUGCAGAUCAAUAGGAAGAAAAGAUGUAUUCAUGAAGUAUGUGAGGUUAUGCAUAUCCCCCUCCCACCUCUUAAGGAUUUGUCGGUUUACCUUUUUUAAUAUUUGUAUUUUUCCACUUAAUGUGACAAAAAAAAAAGUUAAGCACCCUGAGAUUUUAGGUGCUGAAAAGUUCUAAAUAUAAAUUAAGAACCCAAUGGUAAACAUACGCUUUAACUUAUUUAUCUUAGCUCGAGCUGCUGAUUAAUUAAAUGGCUGUAUUAUUUUUAGGCGUUUCCGAAGCAUCGAUCAGAUUUUUAUUUGUUUGUUUUUUUUACAAGUUCACUAAGAUCAGCUGUUUUUGUAUUUUGUAGUAUUCUGAAAAACAAAAAACUAUGGGAAGAUAUUUAAAUACCAGGCUCCCCAGAUAUAUACUCAGCUACAUACUGAAUGUCUCAUUCAUGCUGUACAGGUGAAGGUAGUGCUCUUUUUUUCUUUUUAAAAGGAAGACUUUUUUUGUCCAUGUUAGUGUGUUGUGCAUUACACUGUAUUAAAUCUAGACAAUUUAAAUUUAAAAAAAAAAAAAAAAAAAAAGCUGCCUCUAGAAGCAUUGUGGCUGACAAGGGGUGUAUGUAUAUGUUUUGUGUCGUCUUCCUUUUUUCAUUAUUAGAACUUUAAUUAGUGUGUACUAAAUAGAUAUUUGUUCACGUUUGAUUCCAUUCCAUGGAAAUUACAGGUAUGUUGUACAUACUGCCAACAAUUGUCUUGCAAGUUGAGGCUUACCUUUACUGAGACUAUAAAUAAAACUAUUUUAUCCUUUAAA